AUGCUCUCCGAGCUCAAAGUUGAGGUGAUCGAGCUCAAGGCUGUCAAGAAGGCUGAACCCAAGCCUCCAUCAACCGUCAGCAAGCGCAAGCAGUCUUCCACUGGAGAGAGAUUCACCUUGAAGUUCCCAACUUCUGCGGAAGCUGCUGCCUCUCACAAGAAGGCCAGAAACAUUAGACGACAUGGCCGAGAGCAAUUCAUUAGGAUCUUGCGCAGAGUAGAGACCGAGGAAUGA